AUGAGGCUGGCAAAGAAGGGAUUGCUAGAGCACCUAGACGCUAUGAAGGCCCCAGAAGAAGGAGACGCAAGCGCGUCAACUUGGAAAGUCAACGACAUGAAGGCCUUCGCGAUUGUGUCCACAAUGAUCAGCACAAAUCUUCAGUCAAUGGUGCGCACGGCAGAGACAACGGCAAAAGCAUGGGACAUACUGAAGACUUUCUUCCUGCGGCAAAGUAUGCACAAUCGUGUGCAGUUGCGGCGGCAACUACAUGAGUUCAAGUUGGCCAAGGGAGGAAGCAUCAUGGAUCACUUCCUGAGAUUUGACGAGCUGUGCAUGACUAUGCAAGCUGUGGGACAAGAGAUCUCACAGGAUGAGCAUUUGGUCAUCCUAUUGGGUAGUCUAACGAGAGACUAUGACCCUAUCGUCAAGAUAAUUGAGAACAUGCCCGGAAUGACACUGUUUCACGCUAAGGAAAUGCUGAGACGGGAGUACGAUGGAAUGGCGAGGACAGAACACCAAGAAAUCGCACUGAAAAGUACGCACACUUCCAAGUACAAGAAAGGUCCGCGCAGACAUAUGGGGAGAUCAAGUUCAAGAGGUGAAAAGUUUUCGGGAAGGUGUUACCGAUGUAACAAAUAUGGGCACAAGCGUCAAGAUUGCAAGGCUGAACAAGUGGAGACAGAGCGAUCUGGAGAAGAGAGAGCAUUUACUGCGUCAAGUCGGACGUCAGCUGGAUGGUUAUUGGACAGUGGGGCAAGCAGCCACAUGUGUCCCGACAGAAAUGAGUUUUCGAAUUUAAACUCACUGACGGACCCGAUCAUGAUCACCAUAGCAGACGGCAGCGAAGUGGAAGCGCAAGGUGUUGGGACAGUGCGCGUGCAACUCAAGACUGGUGAAGUGAUCAGGAUCGAAGAAACGCUAUGGGUGCCGGGCCUAGACCGACGGCUACUGUCAAUAUCGGCAUUGUCAAAGAGGGGUCUACAAGUGAUCUUCUCAGAUCUGAGCUGUCAGAUCAGAAGUAACACGGAAGUCGUUGCCCAAAUACCAAGACGAAACAAGAUGUACGUCUUAGAGUGCAGUCCGGCUGAGGUAGCCAACGUUUGCGGAGAGACAUCUCAAGAGCAAGAAUCAAGUGACGGAUCAGGAGCGGCUGAUCUACAAGUGUGGCAUGCAAGAUUAGGUCACCUGUCAACGAAGAUGCUCAAGGGUAUGGCAGGUUGCGUCAAUGGAUUAAAGAUCAAGAAGAAUCAAGGCGUUGAAGAUGAUAUCGAGAUCUGCGAAGGGUGCAUCAUGGGUAAAGCAACCGUCAAGACGUUUCCGAAGUCACCAUACGGACACGUGAAAACCAAGGAGGUGUUGCAGUUGGUCCACAGUGAUGUCAUGGGACCUAUGGAAUCGAAGUCUCGAGGAGGAUCAAGAUUUGUCGUGACUUUUAUUGAUGAUUAUUCGAGAUAUAUAGUCGCAUACUAUAUUGAGAACAAGUCGGAAGUGACGGAUCGCUUUAUAGAGUAUAAGGCACUUAUGGAGAAUCAACUGUCCAAGAAGAUCAAGUGUAUCAGGACGGACAACGGGACGGAAUACGUCAACAGACGUUUCUCCGGUGUAUGUCGAAAAUCUGGUAUCAUGCAUCAGACGACGGUACCCUAUUCGCCACAACAGAAUGGGCUGGCCGAACGCAUGAACAGGACACUGACAGAGCGGGCCAGAGCAAUGCUCAGCCAUAUGCAAGUGGAUAAAAUUUGGUGGGCUGAGGCGAUGAACACGGCAGUCUAUGUGACAAACCGAGUUCCAUGUGCUAGUCACCCGACUAAAACUCCAUUUGAGUUCAUCUUCGGGAAGAAGCCUGACCUCUCCGAGAUGUGUGUAUUUGGAUCAAAGGGAUAUGCACAUGUCGACAAGUCGAACAGGACCAAGAUGACCAAGAAGGCGAUUCGAUGUAUUUUUCUAGGUUACUCGGAUCAAAUCAAGGGGCUUCGAAUAUGGGAUGAAGAUGCCAAGAGGGUGACGCACACGAGAUCGGCUAAAUUCGAUGAGAGACCACCACUUCAGUACGUGCAACGUUACAGCAGAUCAAGUGACCAAGAGUUUCGCGCUGUUCAUGACGAAGACACUGUUUCUAUCGAUUUAGAACAGCCACGAGUCACGAAAGACAUGGACAUAGCAAUGGAGGACAGUCACAGUGUUCAAGAAGAGAGUCACAUGCAAGACAGGCGUACAACAACGAUGGCUCUACCAUCAAGAUGCAGUAGCAAGAUGCCUGAACACGUGGGUUCCAAUGCUGACGAUCCAAUGUUUGAAAUUGAUGAUGUGACGAUGAUUGAAGAAGAUCAAGAAUCGGCUGAAGACGUGUCAAGACAAGGACAGAUGGUGAUACGACCAAGUCGACAGACAAGUAUUCAAGCAUCGCAAGAAACCGCGAUGGUUCCACUAGAAUCGGUUCAACAUGGACAAUCUCAAGCGUUAAUACCAGUGAAUGGUGCUGAUGAGGACUUUUAUGACGGCUCAGAAGUGUGUCAAGAAAAAGGCACAAAGAGACUACGUAUUGGGUAUGAGCAAGCAUGUGCAGCGUUCGAGACCCCAACGACAUACGAAGAAGCUCUUAAGUCACCUCGUCGUGAUAAUUGGUACAAGGCCAUUCAAGCUGAGCUCAAGGCAUUAGAGGAAAAGGACACCUGGACUGUUCAAACACAGCGUCCAAACCAGAAAGUGAUUGGAACCAAGUGGGUGUUCGCACUCAAACGAAACGAGCUGGGUGAGAUUAUUCGAUACCAGGCACGUCUUGUAGCACUUGGCUACAGGCAGACGUAUGGAGUUGACUACAUGGAGACAUAUUCACCUGUGGCAAACCUCAACUCAAUACGGGUGUUUUUGGCGGUGUGCUGUCAAAAGGGGAUGUUGAUUCAUCAAUAUGAUGUCGACACUGCUUUUCUGUAUGGCGUUUUGGAAGAAGAGGUAUACGUAUACCCUCCUCUGGGUGUUCGUGCAGAACAUAAUCAAGUGCUUAAGCUGAAUCGCAGUCUGUAUGGGCUGAAACAAGCGGCCGCUACAUGGUACAAGACAAUUUCGUGUGUGUUUGUGGAGAUGGGGUUCUCUUCAUGCGUGGCAGACUCAUGCAUUUUCGUCAAAGAGACCAAGGGCUCGUGGAUUUACGCUGCAUUAUAUGUGGACGACCUUCUAAUUGGGGCUGAAUCUACUGGAGUGAUGGAAGAUGUGGCAGCUCAACUAUCAAGUCGUUUCCAGUUGAAGAUACUAGGGGUGUUCGAUACGUUCUUGGAAUCGAAGUCAAGUACCUGCGCAACAAUCGACGUCUGA